AUGGAAACGCCUGAGCCCCCUCUGUUCACUCACCACCAUGGUCCUGAUUCAAAUCAGAUUAAGUUUGCAACCCAGAACUUGCAAUGCUUGUUUGACUGUGUGGACCGGGGGAGGACUCAGAGAAAACAUUACAGCUGUGGGAUUUCAAAUGUCAGCUUCCCCAAACAACAGACUAAUAUAUUCUUAUAUGACUCUCUCACCAAAGAGGCAGCCUUUCCACUCCAUAGGGACGAGGGGACAGGCCCCCAUAACCAUAGCGAUGCCUCGGGAGUCAAAGGGCCGGUCAUCCUCUCCUGUGGAGCUGCGCAGAAGAGAAGACGGGUAGAAGAAAAAUUGGCUUCUAUACCCCACUUUUCUCUACCUUCUCUAUCCCUUCCACUCCCCACAAAAAGCACCUGGUGAUAUAAGUGGUUGCUGGACAUUUUUGUGAAAUGGACUGUUCAGGAGACCGUUCCUCCCAAGUAUCCCUAUUACGACCGCAGAAGCGGACGCCAGUUGAUGUGUGACCAAUGCCCUGCAGGGACUUACGUCAAAAAGCCCUGCACUGAGACUUCGCAGACUGUAUGUGCUCCAUGCCCAGAAGGCCAUUAUGAAGACGACUGGAACUUUGAUGAUGAAUGCCUCUACUGCAGCGCUGUGUGCCAGGAGCUGCAGUUUGCAAGACAAGAAUGCACCAGUACCCAGAAGCGUAUCUGCGAAUGCAUCGAGGGGCGGUACUUCGAACUAGAAUACUGUGCAAAGCACACAAAAUGCCCCGCAGGGUUUGGCGUUGUUGAGAAAGGCACCCCCUGGACCGACACUGUUUGCGAGAGGUGUCCAGAAGGCUAUUUUUCCAGUGAACUUUCAUCCACAGCACCCUGCCAGAAAAUCGAGGGGCAGGGCGGAGAUGCAAAACAGGACAACGUGUGGCACGGAGAAAAAAAUGACAAAUCAGAUCAGCAAUGUGGAAUUGAUGUAACUUUGUGUGAAGAGGCGCUCUUCAGAUUCGCAGUUCCUACCAAACUCACCCCCAACUGGCUCAACUCAUUAACAGACAGCCUACCAGGGAAGAACCUCACUGCGGAAGACUUGCAAAAGAUUAAGCAAAGGCACAGCCCGCAGGAACAGACCUUCCAGCUCUUGAAGUUAUGGAAGCAGCAGAACAAAAACCACAGUGUGGUCAUGAAAAUUAUACAAGAUAUCGAUCUUUGUGAGAACAGCGUCUUAAAACAGAUCGGCCACCUCAACGUCACUCCCGAGCAACUCAACAUGCUGAUGGAAAAUUUACCAGGGGAAAAAGUCGGCAAAGAGGAAACUGACCGUAUUAUGAAAGUGUGCCAAUCCACAGAACAGAUCCCCAAGCUCCUCAACUUGUGGAGAGUAAAAAACCGAGAUCAAGACUCCAUCAAAGGCCUGAUGUACGGGCUGAAGCACCUGAAGGCAUACCACUUCCCCAAGAUGACACUUCAAGGCCUUCGGAAGGUGGUCAAAUCCCUCCGCAGCGCCACCAUGCAAAAAUUAUACAAAAAGUUUUUCUUAGAAAUGCUGGGAAACCAGGCCCAUUUGGUGAAAGGGAAAUCGAUGUAGUUUCUUCUCUUUCUUUCUCUGAGCCCGGCCUUUGGCUGGGAUGAGUGGGGUAGUAAGUCCAAUAAAGUAAAUAAAAUAAAAAUCCUUCACUUGCUGCUAGUAGUAAUAACUCAAUUUGGGAAGGAAAAAAAAUGUUUUACUGUAUUAAGCUUAUUUAUAUGUCUGACUGGGAUGGCUGAGAGCCAUUCUAGACCUUUUGGAUUAGUAUUGUUGUAACACUAAAAUCCUGUUCUGGAAUUCUUGUACAUCCAAAGCUCUCAGUGAAUUCAGUGGAUGUUCAAAACAAAACAGAACAAAACAAAACAAAUGCCAGAAUAGGUUUGCAUCUAUAGUUGCUAUUUAUAUUCACUGAAUCUAGAAUGUUACAUAUAUUUAUUAAUUGAAAUGUCAAUAUUAGACUGAUGGUCGAAACAGAUGACAAGUUACUAAGCUAUGCUCUUAGCUGGUGGUUGGAAGGUACCUAAUACAGCAACCUUGCUAAAGCUAAUAUGGUCUGAGUUUGGUCAGUUGGUGAGGGGAGGCUGCCUUAGGGCGUUUACCCACUUACCUUCUGCCCCGCGCUACUGUACGCAAGUAGCGUGGGGUCCCCCGGCACUCCCCACUACAGGGGCGGCGACAACGCAGCUGCCCCGCCGCUGCCACUGUCGCGCCCCCUCAGCGCGCGUCAUUCCUGGCGCUCUUCCAAACUGCGCCUUUGAAUGACCCCGCACAGAACGCGGGGUCGUGGGGAAGCCCGGGCACGUGCCAGAAAUGACGCACGCUGAGAGCAGCGCGGGGCAUCUGGGGGGUCGUGGCAAGUGGGGAAAUGCCCUUAGAGCUAUUCCACUUUAUAUCUUAUGAUGGAAGAAAGGUGGGAUAUAAGCAGCUGUUGAUAAAAUAUCCUUUCCGGCAAUAAUUUAAGAAUCAAGGGUUCUCUUUAGCACCAGCUAGGUUUGCCAACCACCAAGUGGAGCCUGGAAAUCUCCCAGAAUUAUCACUGAUUUCCAAACUAAAGAAAUCAGUUUCCUUAGACAAAAUGGCUGCUUUGGAGGGUUGAAUUCUAUGGCAUUAUAGUAGGGCUGCCAAGCCCCCAGGAGAAGUCAGGGAUUCCCUGGCCUCAGGUUGUGUUGCCUGCUGCUGCUAGAAGUGGUGGCAGGAGAAAAAUUAAAAAGAAAAAUAAGGUCUUGUGUACUUUCAGGAGGUUCUUACCACAGAAUUCCUGGUGAUUCCUAGAGCUACCUAGAAGUUAAAAUGAAAGCUCUAUGAAUCACCAGCAACUUCAUGGUAAGAACCUCUGGUUUUUGCCAUAGAGUUUUUGGAGUUUCUUUCAGCUUCCCUUUUUAAGCCCAGAAAUCUCUACAAAUUCUACAGUAAGAAUUUCCUAUUAUUAAAUGAGACCUUAGUUUCCUUUUAAACCUUUUCUUCAGGUAUGCUGCUUCCUCCACAACCCUACAUUAUACCCCACUGAGACUCUUCCACAAACCCUGCCCUCCCUAGCUUUACUCCAAAAUCUCCAGGAAUUUCCUAACACAGCGUUGGCAAUCCAGCACCACCAUGUUUCAGCUAUCUCUGUUUAUUUAAAAGUGUAUCAGAAGCAAGCAUCACACAUGCUUUGAAAAUAGCAUUCUCUUUGGCAAAGUUGGCCUCUGAAUCUUGCUAUGUGGCCAACCACUGAAGUCUUUGGUCCUUUUCACUGCCAUGAAAUGGUACCAUAUAUGUUGGGUGUAGUGUUGUGUGGCGCUGAACUGAGCAGAGAAAAGGUAAUGCCCAGUUCAUUGCAGGGACAGACCUUACUAUUGAUAAUACUCUUGAAGGGGCCAGAAUGGCCAUAGAAAAUGAUUUUUACAUAAGCGUCUGGCACAUGGAAAGGGGACAUAGUCACGUAGCAGCUUACAUGUCCUAAAUACAGAAGGUUCCAGAUCCAACAUUCAGCAUCUCUAACUGAAAGAUCCCAGGAAGCCAAUGUGAGGAAAGAUAUCCCCCAAGAUCCCAGAGAGCCGCUACUAGUCAGAGCACACCCAAAUGGUCAUUUGUUUUUCUACCCAACCUGAAAUUUAGAAAAAAAAAUAGAGUAUACACUGUUUGUCUUCAAGCUAAAAGGAAUGAGGAGGUAUAUUUCUAAGCCACAUGCCUGCUACAUUUCACGAAUAGAUCCUCCUUCCAUUCUUCUGUGGAUUUUAAAAGAUUGUUUCUUAGGUUUGUUUGUAUAGGUUGUGAUAUCGUUUGGAAGUAUUUUUUUUCUAACAGCCAGGUUUUUUAAAAAAAUAAAUAAAUGUUACACAGCAAAACUGUAUUGUUCACAUGAACGAGUAAAAUGUUACAUGAAAUAUUGUUUUAGAACAUGAAUGUACCAUAUUUAAAUGAUCGGUUUUCAGAUUGAAUUUUUAUCAUGUUUAAUAAAGCUAUUACAUUUUUUU